AGCACUAUUUCUGGAUUAGCGGAGUGUGUAGCCUGAAGCGUAUGUAACCCGAGGUACCACUGUAUUUGUUUUGGAACUGCUGUUGGCUAAUUUUGCAAAUACUGGCGCUUACGGGUGGCAGGUUGUGGGAGAAGCAAACGUUUCCUACGAGGCGACACUCGGGUCUUCUGCUACCUUCGGGGCGCAGUGCAACGGAUGGCUGCUGCCCAGCCAACAGCUGUAUUAAAAAGCUUGGAGUUUACACAUCUCAAAACGGGAAAUAGGAAGCGAGCUAAGAACACAACCACGUAGUCCUCUUUUACUUUUUCCUAUCUCUGUGGCUCUAAUUUCUCUCUCCCCCCCCGCCCCGCCCCCAUGCGUUCCCGCCUCCCCUUCUUCCAUUGGUGGGGCCCGCUUCCGACCCUGUAGGAUGACGUGUAGGCGCGAUCCAGUGGCGUCACGCGUUGUCAAGUUUACUGACUGGGAAGUGGUCUCGAAGCGGUCGCGGACCGGUAAGCAGGCGAAGAAGCGGCGGGUCCCGUCGCUGCGAGCCUUGGGCUGGAAGGGCCAGGCCAGGCCGGUGGGGUUGCCCUGGUUUGGGGGAGCCUUGGUGCGGUGCGGGUCGCUCGGCCCAGCCGGCAGGCCCUCCGUGCGCGGGAGCCGCCGUCACCGUCGCCUCCUGGCCCGGCGCUUCUGCCGCAGCUGCGGGUCAGCGGCGUCGGGCCUUCCUAGGCUCCCUCCUCGGGCCCUGGAAAGAGGGCUUCUGAGACGGCCUCUGAGGCCCUCCUCUCGCUUUGGUCCCCAGCCCUGGAUGGAGUUCGCCUGGCGGGGAAAUGACCGACCAGGAGAACAACAACAGUAUCUCCAGUAACCCCUUCGCCGCCCUCUUCGGCUCCGUCGCCGACGCCAAGCACUUCGCCGAGAUCCAGAAGCAGCAGCAACUGACGCCGCCCGUUGGUGAGAGGGGGAGAGGUGGCCUCUCUUUUGCGGGGGGGUUGACGCCCCUGGCCUAGGAAACAUUGGGUCAGAUCGAAGGUUGAAUCCCACGUGGAGGCAUUGCUGAAAGCACUUGGCUGAUCUUAUCUGUACCCCCACCCCUCCCUGUCCUUAUUUUAAACGACAGACCAUUUUACCACCCCCCCAAAAGCUGGGCAUCAGUAACCAUAGAUUGCAAAAACUAAUCUGGAUUUUAAGGAAUUGGUGCGAAGAAGAAUUGAAUUAAAAUGGAUAAAAACUAGUAGGUGCUGAAAUCCUCAGUUUUUCACUGGUUUAACCCCAGGCUCCCAAAUGGAAGGGUUUUUCCUCUGCUUCAAGUUGUGCAAAUCUUUGGAAGAGCAGAGAGAGUUUGUGGUGGUGGGAUAGUCACUGAGGCAGCCUUUCUGUGUCUUGACUGGCCCAGUUAGCCAAACAAAUUGUGUUUGGGUGAUAAGGUAUAAGUGGGGCCCAUGUGGGGCUGGCAACCAGUCUCCAUGCGUUUUCUAGAGGCGACAACAACAUGUUUGUGAUUUGUGGUAAGCUGACUUUGUGGCUGGUAGCUAUAUUUGCCUGAUGCCUGACACCUUAUCUAUAUUUACCUGAUGCCUGACACCUUAUCAAGAAGCCAAAUCUGAGGCAAAGGCCAUGCUGGUCCCUCCUUCUUCUUGACGCAGAGCCCUCCAGGGCAAAAGGCCAGGGUGCGUGGCUGGUGCCUGGUGGGGCCAAGUUAGGCUGCUUCUUAACUAGUUCUACUUCUCCAGUGGAGGAAACCUCGGCCAGCCAAGAUGAUUCUGACAACAGUGUGUCUGAAAGCCUGGAUGAUUGUGACUACUCCGUGGCUGAGAUCAGCCGCUCAUUCCGUUCCCAGCAGGAGCUCUGUGAGCAGCUCAACAUCAACCACAUGAUCCAGAGAAUCUUCCUGAUCACACUUGACAACAGUGAGUAUGGGGAGUUAGUUCCUGGGAUCCAGACUAGGAGGAACUCUCAGUUAUACUAGGAUUUUUGCAGCUUCCUGAGAGUAGGGCUGCAGUAUUCUAUGGUGGCUGUAGACUCAACACAGAUAAUCUUCCACUUGUAGUUCCUUUUGCUGUACUAUGUGCUGCAGAAUCUCCUAAAGAACUUGGCUGUGUGUGGUUUCUCUUACACUAUGCUUGUCAUUGUAUAAAUGCUUUCCUGACACAUCAAGUGUGGUGGCAGGGAGUAGUGUUUCCUGUAAUAGUGCUGCUCUAUUCUGUUGCACAAUGAUUUGUGUGGGGCAAGAAAACCCCUCAAGCUUGGAUCCCUAUGUGCAUCAGUUUCCUUAAAAGUCUCUCAAGAGUUCCAAAAUGCUGGAAUGGCUGUGUCCCUCCAGGCAUGUUCUGUGCCACUGGCACUCAAUAAAAUAAAGCUUAAAUCUCUCCCUUCCUCUUCCCCAGUGAACUGAUAAAAAUAAAUUCUGCCUUUAGGAAAAAUGAAGUUAGCGUCUUCCAAACUAGGGAGGGGGGUUAUUGGGUUGUUGUUUUUAUUUUGAUUAUAUAUUUUGUGGUUUUAUAUGUUGAUUUUGUUCUAUGAACCACCCUGAGACUUCUGGGUACAGGGCGGUAUAUAAAUUCAAUAAAUAAAUAAAUAGAAAGAUGGGGCGGGAGGAUGAUGUAUGGGUUGGGGGCUUGGGCUUGUAGGGACACAGAUUCAUGCUUGUGGUGUUACUGAUGUUGCUGGUUUGAUGAUUCCCAACCUGCAGGUGACCCCAAUCUCAAAAGUGGCAAUGGGAUUCCUGCACGCUGUGUGUACUUGGAGGAAAUGGCAACAGACUUGGAGGAUCAGGAUUGGCUUGACAUGGAGAAUGUGGAGCAGGUAUCUGUGCAUAUGCAAAUGCAGUUGAUUUUUCUGCCUGACUGAGGGCUUGGCAGAGUGUCCGUGAGCCUUGGUGAAGGAUGCAGGCUUUGCCCUUCAGGACACACUGUUCUCUGUGCUGAUGUUCUUGAAGGACCCUUCAGCUGGAUCAGUCUUGUGAAUGGAAGACAUUUGCCUUCUCUCCUUUUGUAGGGCUCACUUUAUAGAGCAAGGCUGACUAACCUAUGGACCUGCAAAUGUUGUUAGACUUUAGCUUGAAUAAUCCUCAACCACUAGCCAUACUGGUUUGGGGCUGAUGGGAGUUAUAGUCCAACAACAUCUGGAGGGGCACAAGUUAGCCACCCCUGUUGUAGAGCCACCAACAUUGCAUUUUGGACUUUUUGUUUAAUCAAGCAGACUUGUCUGACCUGGGUGCCUGAAUCCUAUCACCCAUUCGCUUACAGCUCAUGACAAAGUGGGUGAAGGAUCUGGCCUUAGCCACAGAAGUUGUCUUGGAUGACCUUCUGGUCUUACUGUUUGUUUUUGAUACAUAGUUGGGCACUUGCUCUCUGUGGCUGGUGGGUGGGCAGGGUUGUGUACUGACCAUUUAUGUCUGGCUUGGCAUGUCUCUCCAGGCUCUCUUUACCCGGCUACUCCUCCCUGAACCAGGGAAUCACCUGAUUCACAUGACCUCGGCUGGCAUACAGAAUCUAUCAGCUGAAAGAGAUGCAGGGGAGAAGCACAUAUUUCGCUACCUCUUUGCCAGCUUCCAGAGGGCAAAGGAGGAGGUGGGUCAACGCCCCACAUCCCUGUCAGCAAGUCUGACUGCCUGAGCAGAGCAGCCCAGCAGACCAGAGACAAAGUGCUCUCCUCUGUUCUCCUAGAUUACCAAAGUGCCAGAGAACCUGUUGCCCUUUGCCAUGCGCUGCCGAAACCUUUCUGUGUCCAACACUCGCACGGUCCUCCUCACCCCGGAGAUCUAUAUCAACCAAAAUGUCUACGAGCAGCUAGUGGACUUGAUGCUGGAGUCCCUUAGAGGAGCCCGUAAGUUACAGAGGCAGAGCUGGGCACCCUAGAAGAAGAUAAUGGGCUACAACUGCAGGAGGUCCCUCAAAGAUACCCCACCUUUUUAUUAUAGUUGUAAAUGUGUUGGGGUGCCUGUAUCCUUCUAUGAGAAUGCAUAAAGGAUUGGUGUUCACUUCUCUUCUGCUCUCUUACUGUAGGUUUUGAAGAUGUAACUGAGUUCCUGGAGGAAGUCAUAGAAGGCCUCACUAUGGAUGAGGAAGUGAAGACCUUUGAGGAAGUAAUGGUACCUGUCUUUGAUAUCCUCUUGGGACGGAUCCGAGAGCUGCACCUUUGCCAGAUCCUGCUCUACUCCUACCUGGACAUGCUCCUGUACUUCACUAGGCAGAAAGAUAUAGCAAAAGUGAGCAUUUGGCUAGCCUCUUCAGGGUGCCAGGGAGCAGCAAAGCAAUCAGCCAUGGCCAUUUUCAGCUUCCCUCCUGGGCAGAGGGGUAGUUGCUUGUUCUCUUCACUGUGAAGGAAGCAUGGCCUUCCUGAUUCUGUGCUGCGGUUGCAACAUGCAUCAAUGAUAGGCUGGCCAAUAUGGCAGAGCCAUCAUUCCAUAAAAGGGUGUCCUUCAUUCCACUACUUACAUCGGGGCUUUACCUGUACUGGCUGACCAGCAGUACCUUCUAUUUCUGUUUGUUCAGGUUUUUGUAGAGUACAUCCAGCCAAAGGACCCAGCCAAUGGGCAGCUCUACCAGAAGACUUUGCUGGGAGCUAUCUUGAGCAUCUCAUGCUUGUUGAAGACCCCAGGUGUGGUAGAGAACCAUGAUUACUUCUUGAAUCCCUCUCGGUCCAGCCCUCAGGAGAUCAAGGUGCAGGAAUCCAACAUCCAUCAGGUGUGUGGAGGUGCACAUUUCAUACCAGUGUAGCUUAACCAGGCAGAGUAGAGGGGACAGCGGCGGAAAAUGACAGCUUCUGUCUCUUAAAUUUAUCUCUCUAGUGUGAUUUUGUGGGUUCUUGGUUGUUCCUUAAGUCACAGAUUGUCAACAUCAAAGUAUAGUGAAAACCUCUGCAGGAAAUUCAUGAUGCUUGGGGUAUUUGAGAAGACCAAGACCCAUUAACUGCUGAAAGUUAAGGCAUUUAGGAGAGAGGAGGCAUAGCUCAGUGGGUAGAGCACAGAUACUGCAUGUGGAAGAUCCCAGUUUAAGUUGACUGAGCAAGUGUGUGUGUUGUACACAUCUUAAGACUUCUGAUGUUUUGGUAACAGUUCAUGGCUCAGUUCCAUGAGAAGAUCUACCAGAUGCUCAAGAACCUGCUGCAGCUAUCACCACAAACAAAGCACCGAAUCCUGUCCUGGCUGGGAAACUGUCUCCAUGCUAAUGCAGGCCGCACGAAGAUAUGGGCCAACCAGAUGCCAGAGAUUUUCUUCCAGAUGUAUGCCUCGGAUGCCUUCUUCCUGAACUUGGGGGCCGCCCUCCUCAGGCUAUGCCAGCCCUUUUGUAAGCCCAGAUCGCCCCGGCUCCUCACAUUUGACCCUACCUACUGUGCGCUGAAAGAGCUGAAUGAGGAAGAGCAGCGGAGCAAGAAUGUGCAUAUGAAAGGUGAGCCACGACUUUGCAGGUGCCCAAAUCUUGUCCUCAUACUCUUGGCAAGGGAGCCUGUAAGGGAGGAGGCUGCUGGCCAAGGGCAGAGGAAGAGCUGGAGGAAACCAGAGUGCUCCCAUUGGCUCUGGCAUCCUCCUGGUAGGUGUUGCUUGGUGGGGAAGCAAUUCCUGUUAACUUCCUUCAAGGUUUGGAGAAAGAAACCUGCUUGAUCCCAGCCACAACUGAGCAGGAGCCAGAGUUUGCCCCCAGCUACAACCUCGUGACGGAGAACUUGGUGUUGACCCAGUAUACCCUCCAUUUAGGAUUUCACAGGUACUGCCUCCAGAGGGUAUAUGGGUGUGUGGGGAUGGCAAGGCCUUGCAAGUGCCUCUUCCUUAGACACUGAAAAUUUGCCUACAGCAGGAUUGGGCUGUAAAAGCCUGGUUGGCAGCCUUUGCAAGCUGAGGUGACCUGAGAUAUCCUACUGACAGGCAAAGCCUGUAACGAGAACAGUGAUAUGAGAGCACCCCAAUCAAAUUUGUUUAAGCAGAUAUUGGUUUGGGGAAAGGGGAUUUUACUGGUAUAAUGAAGAAGCUAAACCAGUAAAGCCAAUGCACGUGAUUUCCAGCUGUCCCCUUGAAGCCCCCCUCCUUGAUGUGGAAACCCCCUCAAAUCAAAGCAGCUAUCAAAUAAAUGAUUGCAAAAAGCCUCUGGAUGCAGUAGUUUGUUCCAGUUUGCUGCUUGUGUGAUCCAGAAGAGAGAAUUGGUUCUGUUCCUGGGGAACCUGAGUUUGUUGCAACUCUAGUUCAAUGGGGGAGCCUUGGACAUCUCCCCCCGAUACUCACAGAGGCUAUCUUGUACACCCCACUUUGCUUCUGUCCUUCUGGUUAACGUAUGUAUUUCUGUUGCUUGUACAGGUUGCAUGACCAGAUGAUCAAACUAAACCAAAGCCUUCACCGGCUGCAGGUGGCCUGGCGAGAGGCUCAGCAGAGCUCCAGCCCUUCAGCAGACAACCUUCGGGAGCAGUUUGAGCGUCUCAUGACCAUCUAUCUCUCCACCAAAACAGCUAUGACAGAGCCGCAGAUGUUGCAGAACUGUCUUCACCUGCAGGUCUCCAUGGCUGUUCUCCUGGUCCAGCUGGCCAUUGGAAACCAAGGGACCGAGCUGGUAGACCUGACAUUCCCUCUGUCUGAGGUGGAGAAGAAUGCUCUGGCCUAUGUCCCAGGUGACCAGCAAGGGGUUUCCCCUUCAGAAAUGUUGGGCUUAUCUCUUUGGCCUAUAUUGGCAUCAAAAGAUUUUGAACACUUCUUUUCCUCCAGCAGUUUCCUGAAAGUUAAGAGCACCCUUGCUGUUCUAGUCUGACUGAUGGGCAUCUAGAGAAUUAUAAAAUAUACCCUUGUGUAGUUCUCAUCGGGGUUUAGUUGACCUAGAAAAGUUCUGGGAUGGAGCGAAAUAGUUUACAAGCAGGGGCCUAUAGUUCUGCUCUCUCUGGAGCAGGCCUAGCUGAUUUAUUGCAGCAUCCCUGGGUAGGUAGGUAGGUGGCAGUGGUGACCAUGGUCUAGGAUUCUUAAGUCUGGCAACCCAAAAAACAUCCACGCACCAUCACUGAAUUAAUCGGGGCAAAACAUUGAUUGGCUGUGCUUGUGUGCAGUCUAUAGUUCCAGUCUAGAGAUGGAAGGUUGAGGCUUCUGGAGUUGUGAAGGGAAGAGAUGCUGAUAUAUAAGAGGGCCUGAGAAUUAUGCUGGCAGCAGAAACACCAGACAUGGAAGCCCACACGAGCAGGCACUGAAGGCCCAGGUGGUUUUAGGCUUGACUUUGCAAUUAAGGACAAAUGUAUCUUUUUCCAAAAAAAACAAACCAGCUGUGCUUCCCAGGACACCACACAAAAUACCUGAAUUGGACAUCACUUGCUAUACAGAUUCCACAUUGCUCUAAAAGAUUCCCCUGCUACAUCUUAGGGACCUUCUCCCUUGGUGCCAGAAAGAUGUACAAUUCCAGAAGAGGAGUCUGUCUUGCUGGCAGUGAUGGUGUAUGCUACCUAAAAAGCUAAACUUAGAGAGACAGUGAAGUGGAUGGGGACACACAAACACAUCUGUCUCUAUCCUUAGAUGUGAAAUAGCUGCAAGUGUGCAUCCAUUUCCAACACCUUCCAUGUUGACAAAUAGGUUUCUCUUCCUGUGAGCUUUAGGCAAGGCCAGGUCGUAGUGUAUUGGAGUAUGCUUAGUUUGACCCUGGAGAAGCUAAAAUGCUGUCCUGCUCUAGAGGAGUCUUUGUACUAUUAAGUAAGUUCUUUAUUUCUGGUCAAGGGCUGGGUCUGAACAUUCUCCCAGCAAGCACCUCAUUUGGAGCUUUGUAUUUGCAGAAUUUUUUGCUGACAACUUGGGUGACUUCUUCAUAUUCUUGCGCCGCUUUGCUGAUGAUCUUCUGGAAACGUCAGCUGACUCCCUGGAGCACAUCCUUCAUUUUGUGACUAUCUUCACUGGGGAUGUGGACAGGUAAUGGCCUCUCCAGCCACUUAUCCACCUCAUUGUCCUUCAUCCAGGCUUCAAGGGUGGUCACCAGUAAAUAUUUGGGAGUACAAAGGCAGGGAGAGAGGUUAUGGCCAGAUCAAAUCAAUCCCCUUUGAGCCAAGCAGUAAUGCUACAGCUCCUACACCUUAGCACAGCGGUGCAGAAAGCUUAAGCCAGUCAGGCAGCUGGUAAUGGUUUCCUGUUCUGCCUCCCUCUGUAUUCUUGAACAAAGACUGUCACCUUGAGCCGCUUUCUCCAAAGGAACAACAAGGGGCUUUGAAGUCCUAUCCUUACCUGUCAGGUGUGGCUUUCUGAAAAUGGCGUGGCAGGCCUAAAGAUACCUACAGAUCCAUGUUUGGUCAGUAGGUUGGAGCUUCCCCACCCUCGCUCUUAACAACUAUAUUGACUGUUGCAUUGUGAGAUAGCUAUUUAUUUUUGUUUAUUUGUUUAUUCAAUUUAUAUCAUGCACCUUCCUCCAAAGGAGCCCAGGGUGGCAAGCAUGUCCAUACUCAAACAGCACAACUGAAACUUCUAAGAACAGUUAAAAAUGCCUAAAAUUAAUUACCUAUACUCAGACUAAUAAUUUAAAGGUUACUGGGGACAAAACUUUCAGCCUUGAAAUGCCAGGGCAAACAGGAACGUUUUAAUUUUUUUCAUAAAAGUUAAUCGUAAGGAAGACAAAUGAACCUCACAAGGGAGGGUAUUCCACUAAAGGGUAACUGCCACUAAGAAGGUCUUGUUUUGGGUCACCGCCAGCAAUGGCACCACCAGCAGGGCUUUCCCUGCUGAUUAUAGGGUUAUCCUCUAAGGUCCUCAGUGUCCAAGCUUUUGGGGUUUUAGGAGAUCAAAUUCCACAUUUCCACUUGAGCCAGGAAGAAAUCAGGUAACACUUGCAGAAGUUGGGGCACUUGCCUCAUGGUUCUGGCAUCUUCCAAGUUCUGCCCCAGUUGGUGUCUCUGAAUUGCGGUCAACAGCAGACAAAGAGGAAGCCACUAAGAAGCAAAGCUUCCAGGAUAUGUUGGCAGGGCUAACAGUCAUCCUUGAAUGUCCUCCCAGGUGGUUGAUCCUCAUUUGCCCUCCUGCAGGAUGAAGAACCCACACCUGCGAGCCAAGCUGGCUGAAGUGUUAGAGGCUGUAAUGCCUCACAUGGACCAGGUGCAGAAUCCCCUUGUCUCCAGUGUCUUCCAUCGCAAGAGGGUCUUCUGCUCCUACCGGCAUGCUGCCUACCUUGCCGAGGCACUCAUCAAGGUCUUUGUGGACAUUGAGUUCACUGGUAAGGGGGCGGUGGGAGAGAGGGACCUUGCUCUAGCGGUGCCACUUUCAUCAUCUUCCUCCUCCUUGAGCCGCUGUCAUUUCCAUUCCUGCUGAACAGAGCCAUCCUCCCAGUCGCAUGCUUUGCAUCUGUGAUAGCAGCGCUCAGGGGCGAGGGGGCUUUCCUUUUCUCCCAAGCCCUCUGAGCACCUUGUGCUGCACCAGACAUGGGUGACAUCUCUCCCUGUACCAUUCAUGGCUCAGGGCACAUUUUUGAGCUGUCCAUGCUUUUUCUUGAGUGUAAACCAUGAAAGUGGAGGGUGGAAAGAGCCAGCCCUUUGCUGCUCUCUCUGGACAUUCAGUAGCACACUGCCAUGCCAAGAUGCAGCUUUGAAGCAUGAGGACCUGCCAUAUUGUGAGCAAAACAUCCCUUCCUUGGUCUUGUGGUGCUGCCAGAUCUUGGCAUUCAUUUUGGCUUGGCCUGUUCUUUUCCUCCUGCCUAGGGGAUCCCCAUCAGUUCGAGCAGAAGUUCAACUAUCGCAGGCCUAUGUACCCCAUCCUCAGGUAUAUGUGGGGCAUUGAUUCCUACCGGGAAAGCAUCAAGGUAAGGCUUGGGAGGUACAUGAGUUGCUUCAGCCAGGACAGCAAUCAUCUCUGGGUGGGAAACAUCUCUUUCUCCCCCUCCCUCUUCUUGCAGGCACUUGCCGACUAUGCCUCAAAGAACCUAGAAGCAAUGAAUCCCCCUCUCUUUUUGCGCUUCCUAAACUUGCUCAUGAAUGAUGCCAUCUUCCUGUUGGAUGAAGCCAUUCAGGUAAAGCAUUUUUAUUUAUUUUUUGAUGAUGGGAGGGAGCACCAAAGAGGAAAAUAAAAUGGUCCCAAGAUCUAUGAAACAAGAAUUUCUCAUAGCCAUGAAUGGAAUUGCCACCUGCAGUUACUCUGAUAGUACCAGGAAGGUUGUUUGUUUGUGUGUGAGAGAGGGGGUGGGAGGAGAGUUCUUGAAAGUUCUAGGAAGAUUAUCUGUCUCUGAACUGAUUGUUGUAAACUAGCUCAGGAGAGGGAGUGAAAGGAAGUUUCUCUGGCAGCCUCUGUGCCACUAAGGCCAGUUCCCCCGAAGGGUUUGUGUGCGUGGAGACACUUUAAACCAGUGGUUCCCUAACUUUUUUGGGUCACCACCCCUUCGGUUCCAUGGACUCAUCCCCAGUGCCUCCCCCCCCCCUUUAAAAAGCAUUAUUCGAAAUAGUGGUCCACUAAGGAAAAUUACAACACAAUGAAAUUCAGAGCAGGAGCAAUUAAUUGCAUAUUUGUUCAGAGCCCAGUUAAAACUGUUUAGUUUAAUUAAUGCAACAAAAUUGAUGAGCAAGAUCCAGUGAUGCCAACUUUUCAAAGUUUGAUAGUAAUUUACACCUUCAGUGCCCCCCCACCAAUGCCCCUUGCCUCUUAGCACCCCCCUAGGUAAUCCCACCCUCACCCCUGGGGGUGGUACCACCCACUUUGGGAAACACUGCUUUAGACCAACUUCAUUUGCAUUACCCAUGCUUGUAAGAUUCAUUCCCACUGCCCCUACUGAAUACUAUUGUGUGUUCAUCACUUGCUCUACUGCUCUUUCUCUGCUGGUGUGAACUGGAGAAUUCUGUUCUGCCAUGUCUGCCUGAGAGAACUGCAUCUGGCCUGUGUUGAGGAAAGAGGCCCAUUCCGGAAAUUCAGUCUGGCUGAUCUGUUGCUGUUGCCCCUCUCAGCUGCUGUUCACCUCCUUAAUAGAAGAUUGUGGAAAAUGGGCCAGAGGACUACUGAGCUAUGGUUACGUGUGCUUCAUACACCCUCUUCCUUCUCUCCCUUUCUCCCCCACCUCAAAUCGCUCUGCAGUACCUGAGUAAGAUCAAGAUCCAGCAGAUUGAGAAGGACCGGGGUGAGUGGGAUGCCCUGUCUACAGAGCUGCGGCGUGAGAAGGAAGCCAGCCUGCAGAUGUUUGGGCAGCUGGCUCGCUUCCACAACAUCAUGUCCAAUGAGACCAUUGGGACCCUGGCCUUUCUGACUUCAGGUAAAGACAGCAGUCUCCAGCUAGGAGUGAGGAGGGGAGCUGGGCUGUUGAGGGGACCUCACAGAGACCUGGUUUACAUUGCAGAGAUCAAGUCCCUCUUUGUGCACCCCUUCCUGGCUGAGCGCAUUAUCUCCAUGCUCAACUACUUCCUGCAGCACUUGGUGGGCCCCAAAAUGGGGGCUUUAAAGGUCAAAGACUUCAGCGAGUUUGACUUCAAACCCCAACAGCUGGUUUCUGACAUCUGCACCAUCUACUUAAAUCUGGGGUAUGUGUAUUGGGAAGGAGAGGGCAACUUGGUGGUGGUGGCAGCAGCCCUCUGAAUGCUUUCCCCCAUCAUUCCCUUUUUUGGAGCAUUUCGUUGACCACUGUUGCAAAAAGAGGGCAGGGCCAGCUGAGCCUUUGGUCUGUCUAAGCCAAGAGCAUUGGUAUGCUUGUGGAAGUGUGAGAGAACAAGAGAAUGCCAAAGGUGAAAGGCUGUAAGGCAGACUGACUGGGCUUGCCUAGGGAAGAGAGCAGAGAAGCUCCCUUCCUUGCUUGAAUGUGCAGAAGGGCCUUGCCACUCCCACUGUUGUCUCAUCCCUCUUCUAUUUCAGGGAUGAGGAGAACUUUUGUGCCACAGUGCCCAAGGACGGGCGAUCGUAUUCCCCAACUCUUUUUGCUCAGACGGUCAGAGUCCUGAAGAAGAUUAACAAGCCUGGCAACAUGAUUGUGGCAUUUAGCAACCUGGCAGAGAGGAUCAAGGUGAGGGGUGGUGGAGGGGAGCUGGCGCUAGCUUCCUCUCUGCUUUCCACAAAGGAACCCUCCUUUUUGGAGAGCUGCAUGUUGGUGCCUCAUCCUCUGCUGUUGGCAUUUUGAGCUGGGCAGCUUGUGUAUGCUCUUGCGAGAAGGAGGCUUUCUCUACCUAGUAGCAUGUGCAAGGAGCAGACCCUCUGAGCUAUAGGCUUUCACUAAGUCCCUCCAUGAAAGGAAAGGCAAGGAAACAAAACUGAGUGUAGUGGGAGCAUUAGCCCCUUCCAUAAGCCAGAAUUACAUUCCUUGCCGCUUCCUGGAGCUAUGCCAGGCCCAAGAAUACAACUUUGCUCUCAUUUGUUGCCCUUAAACAAAGGCUCGGCGGCAACUAGUCAUCUGCUGAGCUUCUUGGGUGUGUUGGGGAGAGGUUUCCUUCUGUCAUCCAUCCCACCAUUGACCUGAGCAAGCAGGGACCUCUCUAACAAUUGUUGGGCUUUCUUCUAGUCCCUUGCAGACCGCCAACUGCAGGAAGAGGAGACCUAUGCGGAUGCCUGUGAUGAGUUUCUGGACCCUAUCAUGAGUACUUUAAUGAUGGACCCGGUGCUGCUGCCUUCCUCUCGGGUCACUGUAGAUAGAUCGACAAUUGCAAGGCACCUCCUAAGGUAUUCACAAGGCUGGGAAGGGGUCAGGGUCAAGGCUGAACAACUGAUUGCUUAUCUCUUCUAGGAAAAUAUUAGGUGGCUUUAGCUUCAAGCACCUCCCCUUGCCCAAAGUCAUUUGAUGUUAAGGUAGCCCAAUUUAUCCCUGAGUCUGCCUCACUUAGCUCUACUGUUCCAGGCAUACCCAAUUUUCUAAAAUAAGCAAAUUCCUUUCACUACAAAAGGCUGCCUCACAGCAAUGGUUGCACAUUGGGGGUCUGUCAGAGCACCAUAUUGGGCUUCCACAACUGUGGCCAAAUAAAAGGCAGUCUUGGUCUGCCAGAUGACUUCCUCCUUGAUUUGAUAUCCAUCUGGUGGGGUAGCGGUGGGCCUGUGUGUCCAUCUCCAAAGGUUGGUGGCACUGCCUCCUGCCCACAUAUCUGUGCUACUAGCUAGUCUCUCCUUUACCUGCUUCCUGGUGUUUUUUCCCCUUGUAGUGACCAGACUGAUCCUUUCAACCGGAGCCCCCUCACCAUGGACCAGAUCAGACCAAAUACUGAACUCAAGGAGCGGAUCCAGCAGUGGCUCGCAGAGCGGAAGAAAGAAAAGGAGCAGUUGGAAGGGACUCUGUGACCUGGAUUGUGGCCCUGGCUGGGCUUCCGCAACCCCCAGGACCUUUAAGCUGCCUGCUCCUUCCCUCUUUUGUGCUACCACUGCAGAGUUGUGAGGGGAGAAGUGUGGGGGUUCUAUGGGCCUGUUUUUGGUUUUGGGUUUUUUGCCGUUAGGACUUUUGUCAGGAAUCUUUAGCUGCUCCCUGCCUUUUUGGUUCACCUGCUGUCCGGUUUCCACAGCAACUGCCCUUCCCCGUAUCCCUGCCCAGAUAGGUUUCCCUUCUGUUGCAGCAGCAUUUCUCGUGCCAGAAACUUUUUUUCUGUUUUAAUGUGAAGGCAAAAGCUGCACUCUCCCCAUUGGACAGACCUUUCUUUAUGCAAUCCUGACACUAUUGGUGGAGAUCUGCAACUCACUUUGGUCCACAGAGGGGGACUAUUAUCCACCAACAGCCUUUGUUUAGAGGAAGCUGAUGCCAAGAGGCUGGGUGAAUGUUUGCUGUAGCAUUUGCCCCCUCCCCGAGCUUGACAUAUCAUACUGUGGUGAUGAGCCCCCGUUGUUGCUUUUGCUGGCAAUGACUUAAGUCUUCUGGGCUGGUGGGCCUGCGCCCAAAGCACUGUGUACAUGUUCAUGCAGGUGCCCUAUAAAUCCUGCCUGCAUUUAUACUGUGCCUGUUGCAUGUCAAUAUGUAUGCAGUGUGUAUAUAGUAUGACAUUCACUUUAGACCAAUAAAAGUGUCAGGUGUCCAUGUUUCUUUGGUGUUGUAUGCCUGUUGAUCCUGUAGCCACCUACCUUCAACCACUUCCUCUCUACCAGGGUCACUGCUGCAACCUUAUUGGAGUUGGUGUGCUGAACAUGCCCCUUGGCUGCUCUUUGUUUAACUCUUCAGUAUUUCCAUUUCAAAACAAUUAUGUAUUUUUGUUUUAAAUAUUCUAUCCUGCUCCAUUUAAAUGAGGUAGAGCAUAUACUUGAUCAGCUCUCCAGAAGUAGACGCUUUUCGUAUAUUCUUGUCGGCUUUCCUCCCCUCCAGCCUGGUGUAGAAAACCCUAACCCUAUAGAAGACUCCACAAUCCUUCCUCAGGGCCUAAACACAUUUAAAUCUUCCCAGUGGAGAUCCUACACUUUGAGCUGUCUAGCUGGUCCUGUGUAAGGAGAUAAAGAGCAAUUAUGAAACUGCUUUCUUGAGGUCCUUGGGCUUCCUAAUUUUUCUUUUCUUUCUUUUUAGGGUUGCACGACUUGUUUCCCAAUAUCAGUGGUGCACCAAAAGUGCUUCUUCUCACCCCCUUUCGCAGUGUGUGAUAUCCAGAUACCCCCAAAGCAGGCAACAUGCUUGUCACAGGCCCGUCUUUUUAUACCCUGUGACACUUUCUUCCUCCUAUCCAUAGCUUCCAUAACCACCUCCCCUUCCUUCCACAACUUGCCUGUAUUCAGGGGUGCAUUGGCUUGGAGAAAUUUAAUUAAUUGGAUAGGGCUCCAUGACAUGGUCUGUCUAAAUGUGUCCCACAGUAUCUCCCCCUACACAAUCUGUUUUUUUUUAACCACUCCCCAUGGAAGAAGACCUGAAUUUGAAGAAGCAGGUAUCCGGGGGGGGGGGGGUGAAAAGCAUGCUGCUACUCCCACUACAUUGAAGUGGGGCACUGGGUGGUUUGUCUAGGAUACGGUUUCCCAAAUUUGUGUCUCUAACUGUUGUUGGACUACAACUCCCAUCAUCCCUAGCUGGCAAGACAAUGGAAUGAUGGAAAUUGUAGUCCAAAGACAGCUAGAGACCCAAGUUUGGGAAACCCUGGCCUAGGGAGUGUUCCACCAGUGAUGGAUGGGGCUGUACUCUGCUGUGAAAGCUCAGAUUUAGGAAUGUCAGAAGCUGCCUUAAAUAAAGUCAGAUUUAUUAUGAUGUCGGGUUUAUAAAGUCCACCUAGCUCAGAGUUGUCUACAUUGGUGGCAACUUUCCAUGGUUUGAGGCAGGGAUCUAAGACUUGCCUGGAAAGGUUAAGCACUGAAUUUGAGGCCUUCUGCAUGCAAAAAGUGCUCUUGGAUCCGCCUUUUAUCUGUACAGUCAAGUGACUAUGAUGGUUUCAAAAACUCUUUCACGGGCACCAGCUGUUAUGUAACUGUAACGCCCCCAACCCAUAACCUGCACGCAAAUAUCUAUGUAUUAGGAAUGUGUGUUAUGACGGCUGCCUUCUAAGGGUGCCCUCGUUGCCUGCCACGGGCUCUUUUUUUCCCUUUUCGGCUUUCCCUGUCCAGGCUGCGGACAAAAAGAAAAAGACCGCUGCUACCUCUCCGGGGAAGCCAGCCUGGGGCCGCGUUCCGCUUCUGCGCGUGCGCUUCGCUGGAAGCGGCUCCUUGCCUUUUUCCACGGACUUCGUUCACCCUCCUUCCGUCAGCGCCUGCGAAGGGCGCACGCGCGCAAGCAUUCUCUCCACCCCCAUAGACAGUUGUCUUCGAUAAACGCCUGCUGG